GUUCAUUCAACCAUUCCUGAAUUCAGGAGACUCACGAGCUUAUGAAUGAGAUCAUUUCACCAAACAUUUCCGACACACAGCCAAAUACCCGAGCUCGCAGAAAUCUUUUAACAGAGCAAAAUAAGGAUGUAGAAAGCAGAGUUCAAAAUCCCUUUGAGAUCGGAGCAAAUGUGGAGAUUUCAUCACAAGAUGACAAUACUUGUCAUAAAUGGUAUCCAGGAAAUGUGUUGGCAACAUAUUUGGUUGAUGGGGUUGAGAUGGUGAAAGUUGAGUACUUCGUCCCGUCUCUGGACGAAAAGAAGAGGAAAAGGAGUGUUGAGACACGUGUAUCAAUUGACAGAAUACGUCCUCAACCACCACCUGAGAGAUCUGGAGCGAAGAAAAGUUAUGAGCUAAUGCAGGACGUGGAGGCGUUCGACAAUGGUGCCUGGUGCGCUGGAAAAGUUAAAGUCAUUUUGUUUGAUGGCUCGUGUUUUGUCUCUUUGAACAAUUCUAAAGAACAAAUUUACUUCCACCAUUCUGAGAUGCGAAAACCAAGAAAAUGGGUAGAUGGUGUUUGGGAGAUGACAAAAAAGGUAAAACAAAUGCCUUGGAUCACUUGAAUUGAAAAAUAAUGUCAUUUGUUUAAUAUCUCGGUAUUGAUUUUCAGAUGGAAGAAGAGCAGACGCAGAGUGUGAAUCCAAGUGAAGGAGAUGGUGAUAAAAAGGUAUGAAAUAUUUAUACAUCAUACUAGGAAUUAAGAUAUAAAUGUAUCUGAAUUUUUGUCAUUCAAAAA